CUAACCAGAGGCUAAGCAUAUAAUUAUUAUAAAUCAACGUUGAUUUAUUAUAUUCUCUGGUGCUCUGGUGCAACCAUAGAAAUCUAUAAAUAAAAUUUACAAACAAAUUUCCAAACACUGGAAGCGUGGCAGUGAUGAUUGAAGACAACACCGCGACCGCUCGUUGUAUUGACUGCCUCUGACAACUCUACUGAAGUCCAUCUGCAAAGACUUCUAUGGACAUGAGUCAAGGUCUUGAACCGGUUGUGAUAUCAGUUGAUCCAGCAGUAGAUUGGAAGCACUUUUCUAAUUUUGAGGAGUUGUUGUCUGGUCAUGGAUCAUGCUGGGUAUGAGAAGCUGUCGGCUCAGCAGUGCAGGGAUCUGCCCGAGGAGUGCACUCACGCCGCACACUGUAUCAUCUACGCUCACAACGACGACAAACUCUGGGGAAAGUUUCCACUCAGAGCAGCAGUCAUGAUGCAGGUCAGGUUUGACGGACUGCUUGGGUUUCCCGGAGGCUUGGUGGACAAGGGAGAGAGCUGGGAGCAGGGGCUCAAUAGGGAGCUGCAGGAAGAGAUCGCACUCGACCUGGAAAGGUUCCGUGUGGAGGAGGCGGACCAUGUGGGUGGGUAUCUGCGGAGGAAGCCGCGGCUGCGGUGCUACCACUGCUACGUCAAGCAGGUCAGCCUGCAGGAGUUUCUCUCUAUAGAGACUGCAGCGUACGGCGCCCCUGACUACGGAUCGGAGGUGUUAGGGGUGAUGCGAGUUCCUCUGCACACUCUGGAGGAUGGGAAGGGUGGACUGCCCGCAUUUCUGCAGAAUCGCUUCGUCGGUGCAGCGAGGGACCAGCUCCUCUUCGCUCUGCAGACGACAGGAAUCAUGUCCGGCGAUGACAUCACUAGCGCCCUCUGCUGGGACAGCAGCUGAUGUUUGUACUGCAGACGACAGGCAUUGUGACCUCUGAUGACAUCGCUAGCGCCAUAAUCAUUAAUCAGGCAGGCUGUGUAGCAUUACAUUUUACAUUUUUUGCAUUUCUUAUUAUGCUGUACCACACUUAUAAUGAAAAAUACCAGCCAAUGAAUCUAGAAUAUAGAGGCACAAGAGAGCUGAUACAAUUGUUUACUGGAUGGUUACAAUUAGGAUUAGGGUUAGUGAGCAAGGUUAGAGUUGGUAUUAGAAUUGGGAUUAUGCUUACCAAACCGCAGCAUUACCCUAAACCCAAUCUUAACUUUUAAACUAACUACAACCCCAACCCUACAAUUAAUUAUAAUCGUUACCCCUGACGCUAAUUAUAAAUUUGCAGUUUGAUGUGUUCUAAAGAUUGCAGCACCUCAAAGUGAAAUGGGAAUUUCUUGCAGAAUGCUAAGUUGCCUGUCUUCUCCCUUUCAGCCCCCAUUCCAACUCCUCCCAGCUGGUUCAAUGUAGGCUAAGCAAGACUUAAAAGCACCUGUUCUUGGUUAUAGUGCUGAAAAUAGUCAGAGAGGGAAGCUUCACAAUCCUAAAGUUCGGUAUCAAUCUCAACUGCCCAUUUCUAUUCUAAUUUUUACUUAUCCCUAUAUAUAUAUAUAUCAAGAGUCCAUGAUAGAAAUCAUCUCUAUCAAUCUCUAUUAUGGACUCUUGAUAAAUAAUAAUAUAUACAUGUAUAUAUAAAUUCUCCACAAGUGUGGUGUGACAUAUCAUUAAUCGGGAAAGUGCAAUUGUUAUGCAAGCCAUUUCACUCUGGUUAGUAAGAGUGGUGGUACUGGCCGUCGAAAUGCCAAUACGGCACUAAAACAUUUGUGUAUUUAGAUUAUGUGUAUUGUUAAAUCAAAUAAACAACUACACCAUGAUUUACAAUGAGGUAUAUAGAAUAACGGGUAUCACGUUUAUAAGAAUUUUAUUAAUAAAUAUUCUUUGGUAUAUUUAUA